AUGAACGCAACAAAGUUGGUAUCGGCCGUCUUGGUUGUUGCGGCCCUUUUGGUCUUCGCUGCCGCAAUGUUCUUCUUUUUUUACAAAAAAGAGACCAAAGUUGCGGAGGGAGGAUCGGCUAAAUCGGCAGAUGCAACUCCAGAACCUCCAUCGCCCAAAGUUCUUAACGUAGUGACCUAUUUGUCAAACGAACGAUUUAAUGCGAUGAAGGGAAGCCUAGGCGAGUCUUACUUAUUUGAUGCUAGAUCUAAGUCUAAUUCUUAUCAAUUCGGUGGAGUCACAGUUUCAGUUGUUUCAGGCGAAUUGCCUGAUUAUCCAGGAUAUACGAUGUAUACCCACACAUUUCCUACCCCCUUUAAGGGUGAGAAGUUGGUUUUCGACGGCGCGAAUUCCAACGAAUUCUUUGAAGACCCAGUCACUAGGCUUACUGCCUACUGGUGGUUUAAUUCACUUUUAUUUUUAACUUUUACUGCAGAAAAGACAGGAGAUACUCCGCUAACAAAAUAUUUUCACUAUACAGCCCAUUUUGGCCAAGAUGCCCUUCGAUGGGACCGAUUUGACCGCGAUCCUAACACACUUUUGGAUAACGCAGUUUUAGGCCCUAAACUGGAUGAAUUAAAUGUAUCUGCAGGCAAUUUUGUUGCCUUGGGCCUUGAUGAGUACGCUGAAACCCCUACCGGAGCUUAUAAAACCGAGGUUGAUGGCGUGACAGUUAAUUUCACUCUUGCAAGACGCUCAUCUUCUCAAACCGGUUUUGUUAAGUUAACACACAAAUUGGCGGGAGUUUCAAUGCCCGCCGAUACUACCACUACACUUGCAUCCAAACCAUUUAAAGUAAAAAAGGUUUUGGUUUCUGGGACUGAGUUGUCUGACCUGGUUUUGACCAGAAAGCCAGUAUUAUCCGUCUCAGUUUUUUGGUGGUUUAACAUACCCUUGGUCGCAGACUUUGAACUCCAAGGGGGUGCGCACGAACAUUUAACAUACAGUGUGGACACAAAUAAGUGGGGAUUUGAAGUCGUUGACAAGCUCAGGUCCAAGCUGUUUAUGUUAAAGAAUAAACUAGGUGACCCUCUCACUCUUGAUUUAUCGAAGACAGCUGAUCGCGACCAAACUUACACGACCAAUGGAGUAUUGGUCAGAGUAAGUCCUGCAGCUACUUCGGCGGCAGGAUAUAAAAAGUUUACGCACCGUUUCUCAACAGGUAGUUCCCACUUAGUUGGCUCCUUUUCCUCCCAUGGGACUCCCCAAUUGGGUCUACCAGUUCUAAGAGUGAGUGAGGUUUCGGCCUAUUACCUUUCUGAUGUUCCACUUUUGCUUAAAAUGAGCAUGUCCACUUCCGGAGGCAUGGCGACAACAUAUCUAUACUUCUCAAACAAUGGCCUUGGGUUAUGGAAGAAGGUUGUUUUGGAUGACCAGAUGUCCACUACCGCCGCAGUUCUGAAAAAGCUUUCUGAAGACAACAGAGCGCUUUCACUAACAGACUCUUACGUAUUAGACGCUAGAAUGAAGGCCAGUUACCUUUCUGGUGGUAAACUUGUUUCUGUUACAAAGGCGGCAGUUGAAAAUUUACAAGGCUUUACUACAUACAGUCAUUCCCCAUCAGUCAGAGGACCUUUCAAAUUCGAGAAGUUUACAGUUGCCGGUAAGGAUGUAUUGCCCGUGAGUGAACCAUUACAAGGGACCACUGAUGCCACUGUUUAUUGGUAUCUUGAUGUUCCAAUGUUGUUGAAGGUCGUGGGCACUUCUCAACCUGCCGCACCAGUUGGACCUCCUGCACAAACUCCCCCUUCUGGCUCUGGUUCAGGUUCUCCUUCUGGCUCAGGCUCAGGCUCAGGCUCUGGUUCUCCUCCUUCAGAGGCGUCUUCAUCUGCGCAACGUGGAGACCAACCAUCUAAUACAGCUGUAGAAGAAUCUGCAUCUCCUCCGCCUACUCGUGCUCAACCUGAAGCUACUCAGGCAGAACCUUUCAAUUUCUACUACUGGUACAAUGCAGAAAGUAAGGUUUGGUCCGCCUUAGAGGAAGCACCAACCACAGCAGAGAAAUUAAAGGAAGCCUUGAACAAGGCUCGAGCCACUCUGGGAAAGGUCACCUUAAACCUAGGCCAUUCCUCAGGAACAUUUACAUCAGGCCCAGUAACUGUUACAGUCACCGACUCAGCCUCAUAUGACAACGACCCUCCGACAUCUUUCACCAAACGAGUUCACACAUUCUCAGCACCUUUCCCAGUAAGCAUGGUAAAGCACUACGAUUUUGACGUUGAACUCGGAAAUGUCACGGAAGAACAAUAUAAAACAAUAAGACCAGCAAACCAACCCCUUGUGCCUGAGCAUAUGGUAGUCCAACGCAUGGAAGUAUAUUCGUACGGAGAAGUGCCAUUACAUUUCUACGUCUAUGGAGUAGAGGGAACUCCUUUGCGUUUUUCAAACUCGUUUAAAGGAACACUCUGGUAUCAAUACAACAAGACUAAUGUUCCUCUUAAAGACGUCCUUUUGUUGCAAAAGGUCCAAUUGAGCCACACUGCAAAGAUGGACGUUUGCCGCGGAUCAGCUAAGAAUGAUGAGCUUGUUACAUAUAACCUGAAGCAUUUGGCCUCUGAAGGUAGUACGCCAGUAUCGGUUUCAAGGUCCGAAGUUCCAAAUUCAAACGGCGUAAUGUUGGUCCAGCAUAAAUUGCCCGAUAACGUAUCACUUAAGUUUUCUGCACUCACUUGUGGCCAGAAAAUUUUGACAGGUUUGAACUCCGACGAUUUCCACACAGUUAUGGUGUACUACAAGGAUCGGCUUCCAAUGUACGUCAAGACCAACUCUGACCCCAAGUACUUCGCAAUGAGCGGCGACGGCGCUUUGACCAGAGUAAUGCCACCGGCAGGUGCCACUUCUUUCACCGAUGAACAAGUGAACACUGCUGUGACCACUUUGUCCACCAAAGUCGGCACAGUGUUUGAUGUAGAUUUUUCAAAGAAGGAGGCAUACACCUUAAAUGAAACUGACUUUUUGGUUACAAAGACUGAAGAAGCAGGCUUCAACAAAUACCUACACAAACUCAAGUCUACUGGGGCAGAACAGGAACAAACAUCAUUUACUGUACGAACAUUUAUGUACGGUGAUAGAGAUGCAGUUGUAUUCUCAACAGGUUUAAAGGUAUCCGACUUUUCAGUAUACUAUAAAGAGGAUUCACCGUUAUACCUGCACGUGAAGACUGGCGACGAUAGUCCAAAGUACUAUCAUUUCGUUCAUGACAGCGGUCUGUGGUUAGACGACGGUGUUUUUGAUACAUUUCAAGAAGAGGACGUUUGGGAAAAGCUUCAGUACGUUCAAGACGGUCUCGGCAAUGAGUUCUCGCUUGAUCUUGCGGAAGACCUUGGUAAUAAACUUUUCAACGUCGACUUUGUUGAAUUUGAUCUGGUUCCAGGAUAUAUGAAGUACACAUACAAGCCUGAGGGCAUGGAAUACCCGUUCUUGCUCAGCAACUUGUUGCUUUCUGGCUCUCAAGUGAAUCUUCCUCUAACAGUUAACCACCUGUUUUCACUAACCGUCUACACAUUCAGGAAAAACUACCUUUUCUUCCACGUAGUGACUUACGACAGGACUGAUUUGUUUUACAAGUCAGAUUUUGAAGGCGGAUACACCCCAGUUACGUUCGACCGCUUCGACGAGGAGUCAUUGGCAAAGGUAUUGAAGGAUCUGAAAUCAAGGGUUGCUGAUCAACUAUCUCUGGAACUCACCAAAGAGACUUCAUACCCAUACCACGAGUUUACUGUGAACGUCGUUUUACAAAACCAGACGAGUUUUGAAGGAUAUAAGAAGUAUUUGCACGACCUGGUUGACGGAACAACUUCAGUUCCAUUCAAGCUGGCCAGCGUUAAGAAUGAUGGUUAUGUGACAAACGUCCCCCUUUUCAAUGAAUUGGUAUACUUUGCGUACGUUUACAUGCAUGAAAACACACCUUUACUUUUGGAGCUCCACUCAUCCAAGAAAAAUAUGAAUUCCUACCACUACUAUUAUUUCGCUAACAACUUGGGCAACUGGGAACUCUUGGAAAACCCUUCCCUUGGUCAACUUCCCUCCUCUAACUUGAAAGAAGUUCUUAACACUGCAAGAGACAGGAUGGCUAGGACCUUUAAGGUUGACUUGUCCAGGAAGUUCAGCUCCAAACUUCUCGCCUCACCGACGGAGCACUUUCACCUCAAUGUCCAAGUUACGGAAGACACGCGCGAGACCUGGGGGUUCUCGCUCUAUAGCCAUGUUUACUCUCUUGUGAAAACAGGUAAUGCUGAGAAUGUGUCACCUCCAACUGCUGCAAAUCUCAACGCAACCACAGUACUAGAGCCGUCAUCCGAUUCCGCUGACCGUUCACCCCAACAGGAGCAACAAGAGGCCAGAGUGGCAACUUCAAGAAGCUUGGGUCGCGGAGCUGUACCAUCAACACUCCCUGACUCUGUUGUUCAGACUCCAGAAGGUGCUCCAGCUGCGGUAUUACUACCAGAGCAAUCAGCCCUUCAACCAGACAGCACCAGGGUCGUGCCUGCAGUCGAGCGUGUUUUGAACACCUACCAGACAUUGAAGGCAAACGCCCUGAGAGGAGUUAAUGUGAUGAGCGCAGCCUUGCCAGUGGUUGGAAAAUUCACUUUAGGAGACACCCCAAUGAGUGGAUUCGGAGUUGACACUGUUUUCAAGGUCAACGUCUACUGGUGGCUUGACCAUGAACCCGCUUUCGUGCACUUGUACAACGGUGUAAAUAACAAGUACUACAUGAAGAAGGGAGAUAAGUGGGCUUUGGCCACCAAGUCUGAUCUUCCUUUGUCAAGAGCCACUGUGGCAUCAAUGCUCGAAGAACUCAAGGACACUUUCGUUAAGCCAGUUGAACUUGACCUUGACAAGAGCAGUUCGUUUGACUCAUAUGUCAAGUACGUGUCAGAAGGACUUACCCUUCGCGUUGUCCCAUCACACUCACUAGACGAAGGUUUCAGGGGCUUUACUCACUUCUCAGCCACUAACCACGAGAAUGUGUUUAGAGUUAAUAAGUUAGAGCUUUGGGGCGACAUAGUACUCACUAACCUCCAUGACGGAUUUGUAAGGAGUGCCACAGUUUUCACAGAUGGUGACUUACUCCCACUUGUUUUGGAGCUUGAAUGGACAAAGUUGAACAAUUCUGGCUUUAAAAACAAGUAUAAGUACUUCAAGUAUUCUUCAGAAGGAUCAUGGGUUGUUCAUCCAACCGAUAAUAACAAUGAAAGACUACCAGAAUCCGUUCUUCUACGUCUACUGAAGGAGGUUAAAGCACCUUUUGCUAACAGAGUUUCAGUGUCAUUGGAAAGGAGAGAAAAUUAUGGUAAGGAUUCAUCUGCAGUGGUUGUUACAAAGGACCCAGUCACAGCUCCUAAAAACUGGAACGGAUUCCACAAAGUAUCUCACGCUCUCAACAACACUAAUGCUAGGAUGCUUUUGUUGAAGAUGUCUGAUAGGGUUGUAAGGGCAUAUCCCACAGCCACCUAUGUUAAGAGGGUAGAUUCGUUCUGGUAUAAGAAUUCCUUAUUGUUGGUUAAGUUGACAGAAGCUGGUGUAGGCGACUCUUCUCAAGAUACUGUCAAGUACUUUAAGAAUGACCACAAGGACGAUUUAGUUUUACUCGGAAGUGCACCAGAUGCCGAGUUGACUGUCGGCACGUACAGCGGUGAUAAUGUAGCCACACAGGCCUCAGCAUUGCUCAUGCAACUCGCUGCUCACUUUAAGGACGAGUACUUCUUGGACGUUGCAGAGAGAACAUUGGGCAAUAAGUCCGACCGUGUUAAGUUGUUACCAGCCUUACAUGUGGUUGACACAUCAGUUCCCAAAGGCGUCUCUAGGUAUAAUUUGUACGUUUUGGACGAAUUAAAAGGUGUAAAACUCAACAGAUUAUUGUACCACGGGACUGAUUUCAGCACAGGAAACUUUCCACUUCCAGAGGACAAUGUGUACAGUGUGUAUGUAUUCACACCUGUGGGACACUUUUCACCCUUUUUCUUGGAACUACACGUUCGCACUUCCAGUAAGCUCGUUUUGUUCUAUUACCAUUUGAGCCAGUAUGGAAAAUGGGUAAAACUUGAAACAGGCGGAAGAAGAUUAACAAACCAAGAAUUUUAUGACAAACUAAAUACUUUAAGUGCCAAGUUGGGCAAAGUUACCGUGGUUGAUGUGUCGAAGAAUGAAGGAACCUAUUACGGUUUGACUCGCAUGAAUGUGACAAAGUUCUCAUUCCCAGGAGUACGAGGAUACACUAAAUACCUUCACAAGGCCCAUGAUAACACAAAUUUCACAGUGUCGAAGUUUGUUAACAAAGGCGUGGUAAUGCAGAACUUACCUGUUAUGAAAGCAAGCCAAGUUGCAGUCUACUUCUCACUCAAUAAACCUUUGAUGUUGGAACUUAAGGUUGGAGGAAGGUACAAAUUCUUCUCAUCUAAUGCCAAUGGCCAGUGGUUUGAAGCAAGACUUCCUUCAGGAGACCUGAAAAGCGCACUCGACAGCGUUUACGAUGAGCACGCUGAUGUGGCCAGGAACACCGCCAACAAGGUUUCACUCCAUUUGAAUGCCAAUUUCACCCGCGAAUAUGUUCUUUCUGAGGGGAAAGUUAAGGAUUUUGAAGGCGCAGUAGCCGUUCCAGAAGAGGAACCAGAAGAGGCGGUGGCACCUAGAGCCCCAUCUCGUGUUGACGCUCCCGACAGUGUUGGUGACGCCAAUCUCUCUACUGCUUUGUCUUCUGAUGCACAAUCACCUCAAGCUGCGGUUACAGUCGCAAGAACUCCAGCUCCCCCUGCAGAACAAAUGGUCAAAACACACGUCCUGAACCCACUAUUGUAUGUGGAAAACGACAAACUCUCCUACAGCUACUCUUCGUACGGCAAAACUGUGUUUGUUAACAGACGUGACGAUAUGUUCCAUGGCUAUAAUGUAACAACCCAUAAAUUCUCUGACAACGCACCCUUUUCAGUGAGGAGGGUUAUGUUUUUGGGAAGAGAGUUUGACUUGGGCUUGGCUGAUCGAAACUUCCUCUCCGCCACACUCUUCUCAUCUUCGUACAAGCCUUUGGUUCUUAAACUAGUCCAACUCGAUGGGGCCGAGAAGUUCUUUUCAUUUACAUUUUUAACUCAGACAUGGGAAGCCCUCCAGGUUUCUGACCUUGAAAAAACACUCGACGAUCUCAACUACAAGGAGAAUAAGUUGUUGAUGCUUGAUUUGGCCAAAGAGUCGAAUUAUGAAGUUUGUGGCAAGGAACUUCAUGGCUCUAAAACUCCUUUCACUGAUGGCUUUUCAAAGCAUACUACUCAGUCUAAAAGGGCAUUUGAUGCAAGGGAUAAAUUGAAGGCAAAGCGUGAUAAACAGUAUCAAGAAAAGUUAAAAAAUAGAGAGAAGUAUCGCCUUGAAGCCGAGGACAAGAAGAGGAAACUUGAUUCCUUAACGGCUAAAUUGCCUGAGGCCAAGGGUAGAUUAGAUUCUCUUUUGGAUUUAUGGCUCAAGCUUGAAUGGUCUAGGGCUGCCCUCUUUAAAACUUUCUAUGAAAAGGAAGCUGCAGUGGCUUCUCUUGAGAAAGCUGUAGCACUUGCAGAGGCUGAGUAUGAAGAAGCUGAAUCAACUGGCUCCAGGGAUACUGGCGAUAAAAGAAAAGCAAUGGCCGAUAAAAAAGAACAAUUAGUUGCUAAGAAAAAGGAACUGGAAUCGGCCAAACAGGCAGCUUCCGAAUCAUUCUACACAGUUUCAGAACCAACGUCUGCCGAUACAACUUCCGUAAAAGCUAAGCUCGCAGAGGCAGUAACCGCUGCUAAGGCUGUUCAGCCUCACGUAAAACCAUCAACAUUUGUUGACGAAUCCGUCACAUCAGCCAAAGCUUUGAGAAAGAACGAAGAAGCGACGACAUUACCUGCGUUGGUUUUGGCAGCUGAAAAACUAGCUCAACUUAAGUCUGGUGAUAAACUAUCCGAAAUGACAUCUGCUCUGAACACACUUAAAGAUUUAGUACUUGAUCUUAAAUCAAAGUUUGAAAGCGGUUCUAAAUAUGAUGCAGCUCACACUUUUGCUACAAAUCUAAAGGCAACGGUUGCAUCUGUUACCAGUUUCGAAGACACAGUAACUAGUGCCAACUUCGUUAGCACGAUGGCCGCAGUUAAAAAGUUGAAGGAGUCUUUACUACAGGGUCCCAAGUUAACUGAGGCAUAUGAUUCCGCUGUGAAAUUCAAGUUUGUAUGUCAAGGUAUGGAAAAACUUAAAGAGGCCAGCGCUCUUCUGGCAAAGUUAGCACCAGAUGUUGACUCUCUGUUAGCUUUGGAGGCUGCUUCGGAUCUCUCAUCGACUUCUACUGAUCAUACCAAAUACGCUAAGGCAACUGCCCUUCUUUCGACUCUAAAGGAAGCAGUUAAGGGUAAACUUGAUGUAGUUGAAUCUGCUUCUAAUGUUAGGGACGAAUAUAACAAAUUCAAAUCCGAUCUCGUAGCCGACACCACUAGUGCAAAGUUCACCCUUGCUUUAGCUGCAUUUGAUAAGCUUGAAGUUUCUCUUUCUCUUGCAACUAAAUUGAAAGAGUUUGUAGAGAAGGGAGAGGAUCCUGAGUUAAAGAAAACUUUAGCCGAAUCCGAUAAUGCAGCUGCAAUGGAACUCGCUGCUACAAAGGCCCUUUCAGCCAAGCUUAAAGAGUUGGCACCUCUUGCAGAAAAACUUAAGACUUUUGAUCAAACAUUUAAAGCAGCCGUUGAUCCCCAACAAACAUCUAGUUCAUCGGAUCCAACAAAAUUAAAAAAAUUAUCCGAUUCAGCCGAGGCAUUUUCUGAGUCUCUAAAGACAGAGGCUUUGAAAAAAGUAGAAUUGGCUCUUAGAGAGGUUGAAAAGUUAAAGGGGGCUGAAUCUGCUCUUAAAUUGCUUGAGGAAGCCGCAAAAGUUGCAUCAACUGUCAAGGAAAUGGCAAAAGCUCUCUCCGCAGACGAAGAUAAAACUACUUUAGUUGAAAUGCAAGCAUUCGUUUCAAGGCUAAAAGAGGACCUAAAGGACUUUGAAAAGCUCGGAAAAGCAUAUGAUGCGGCAAAGAAGGUAAACGACACUCUUGCUGAUGACGAUAAGCUGAAAAAAGCUUAUGACACCUCCAAGGCACUUAAUGAUAAAGUCCUUGAAGCUAAUAAACAGACAACUGACGAACAAAGAACCGAAAAAAUGAAAGCUGUUUUACUCGCUUUCAAGGAGAAGAAAGGUGAUCUUAUGGCUGACAAUGUAACUUCUGAAGCAAAGAAACAGGUUACUGCUAAAAAAGAAGAACUAAACAAUUCACUCAAAACUCCUUUGAAAGAAGGUUGUAACGGUGCCAAAAACGUUCUCAACAAACUUUCAGAGCUAGUUGCCGAGGCCCAGAAAUCGUACGACGUUGCGUUCAGGCGUUAUGAUCUAUACGACAUGUCGGUUCGUGUUUCGGACGAUGACGAUGACGGUAGUCCAGAAUCUUCACCUUUAUUCGGCUUUGGAGGGCUGAGACUAGCCGGAAAGAACCUGAGCUCAGCCGGAUUACCUGUGGGAAAUUUCUUGCACACAUUCAAUGCCUACUUUGCUAAUGGUUCAGAACUUCCUCUUAUGGUACAGCUUAAGUAUUCUGACUCUGAAGAUGUGGAUGAACCUGUGGUUGAGAAAAUGAAAAGACCCCCACCUGCUAACCUAUUGCUUAACGCUGAACUACCUUCAACUACCGCAGCCCCCGCUUCUCAAGUACAGGCACCAACUGAGGCCGGAGCUGGAGCCGCUGGAACUACUACCUUCACAAACGCGGUUCAACGAGUUUCUUCGUUGUUGAGAACCGGACUGGUUGAAGUUACUCCGAAGGUUUCGACGGAAACAGCCCAGGUUGUUACUUCGGCAACUCCCGCAUCAGGUCCUGAUUCAAGAUCAGCCCCUGAUACUGAACAAUCGCCCCCUCCACCUCGCGAACCAGCACCCUUUUCAUAUCCAGGACACUUUUUUGUUCUCGAUUUGGAUCAUACCUGGAAACCAUUUGUACCAGAAGCGAAAGGAUCUCUAAGACAUAAACUUUUGGAGCUUAAACAGUUACAUGCCUUGGAUGUUAACGUGGAUUUUGCAAAUAUGUCAGCUAGAAGAAGGACCACUUACGCCCUAAACACUCAGACCUUCUUUGCCACCAGGGUGUUAUACUCUUCAGGCUAUAAGUUAACGAGAGAUCAAUCGAAGCUACAGGGGUCUGAUGCUCCAACAAAACCAAAUGUUGUUGACUUAUCAGACUAUGACGAGAGUGUAAAAUUCUUCCCACCUCUCAACUUUAAGUGGUUUGUACAUCAAAUGGCCCCAAGGGCUUCAACUGAUGCAAACAAACAAUCUGAUCCACUACCCCAGUUCAAUCUACAGGCUGUAUCAUUUAAUGGUCAUAGACUUUCAAUGGAGAAAGAGGCUUCUGACGCUCUUUUGGGCACAGUAAAUUCGGUUUCAGCCCUUCUAAAUGCCGAUGGAACUCCCUUGAUGCUGCUUGCCUACAAACCAGUUACAACAGGCAACGUGGUUCAGCACAGAUACGUUGUAUUAUCGCUCAAAGGAGAUAAGUUUGCACUCGACGAUUCUAUGGUCAACUUUUCCUCCAUGAUGUACAAUUUGGAACACACUGACUUUGCUUGGACCACUGAUGAGACCUUUACGAGAUUUGUAGAUGCAAUGCAACAACGGUUGAAUACGGUUAAUGCACAAUUCGAGCACUCGUAUGUUGUCAAUCUCGAUGCCACUAAGAAUUACAAGAGGGGUAACAUGAUGGUUAACGUUGAAUCGUUGGAUGCCUUUGAUGUGAAAUUCGUUUCAUUCACUCCCGGACUCUUAACUCAGGCACCAGCCGAAGGUGCUGAGCAAGUUCCCAUGCCAUCCACUGUUCCAGCAUUCACACUAGAAAAGGUUUUCUUCGGAGACACAGUAUUCCAAGGGUUCAACUUACCAUUUAAAAAUGUAUUACACGUAUCAGCCUUUCACUAUAAAUUUUUGCGCCCUCUUAAGGAAGGUUCACCCAAAGAAUAUAGUUUUUUCCCACUAGUUCUUGAGUUAUCUCACCGUAACGAAGCCAACAGACUGGAAAAUUUCUACUUCAAAUACUUAUCUGGGAACAAAUUUGAGCUUUUUUUCAAGACGAAGAUGAGGCUUACGGCCUCAGAGGUUGCAGACGUUGUUAGAUUUGUCGCCCGCGAAAACUUGAGACGCGGAGAGUUUACACCCUCGACUCUCAACUUGGACUUCUCCGUCAAGAGCACAUUCUACUCUCCGAGACACUUAGUCACAGUGGAAAAGAUGGAGAAGGUGCAGGCAGCCCUGGCUCCUGGCGCCACAGAGGGUACCUUGCCCACUCCAACAAAUCCCCAUCUACCCGAUGGAUACAAUGUUUACAAGUACACACUACAUCAAAAUGAUACUCCCUAUACUGUUAUGUCACUAUUCUUCUGGAACCACUGGAAGUUUUCACCCAAUAAAUUCACAUCUAAAGAGUUUUAUCUGUACGUAAGAGCCAGAGACAAUUUGGCGGAUCUAUUGGCUCUGGUUACUCCAGCUGGUACAGGUACUUCUCCUACCUAUGAUUGGUACAGCUUGGCUACCUCGACACCAACAGCUGUAUUUGCUGGCGAGGUUGUAAGUCCAACUUCUUCUGCAGACAAGCAGAAGUUGGAAACCCUUCUUGCAACUGUCACCGCCAAUGUUGAUUUCUGGCUUCAGCCUCAUGUUUUCCUCUGGGCAUUCUUCACAUCUGAAGUUACCGCCAAGUUAUCACCUGUGGGUAACGUUCAGGGAUUCCCAGUCACUCCACAGGCUUAAUUGAUUUAAAUUGGAUAUUGUAUUUAUAUGUUUUCCCUUUGUUUAAAAUUUCUCUAUAAUUUCUAUAUAUCGUAUAAUGCUCCAGAGCGGGCUUAAAACAAUACACAACUGAAACUUACUUCAAUAUUCUCUAGAUUUA